AUGAUGGCAUCACUUUUGGAUUCUGUAGUAUCUUAUUUGCCUUCAGUCUCGGCCUCUGAUCACGCCUCUGUGGUUGCACUCAAUCUCUUUGUUGCACUUCUUUGUGCUUGUAUUGUCCUUGGCCAUCUCUUGGAGGAGAACCGAUGGAUGAACGAAUCCAUCACCGCCUUAUUGAUUGGACUGGCCACUGGUGUUGUCAUUUUGUUGAUUAGUAAUGGAAAAAGCUCACAUCUUCUGGUCUUCAGUGAAGAUCUUUUCUUCAUAUAUCUUUUGCCACCCAUUAUAUUCAAUGCAGGGUUUCAAGUAAAAAAGAAACAGUUUUUCAGGAACUUCGUGACUAUUAUGCUUUUUGGUGCUAUUGGAACUGUUAUCUCUUGCACUGUCAUAACUCUAGGUGUAACGCAGUUCUUUAAGAAAUUGGACAUUGGGACCUUUGACUUGGGUGAUUAUCUUGCAAUCGGUGCUAUAUUUGCUGCAACAGAUUCCGUGUGCACACUGCAGGUUCUGAAUCAAGACGAGACACCUUUGCUUUACAGUCUUGUAUUCGGAGAAGGUGUUGUGAAUGAUGCCACAUCAGUUGUUGUCUUCAACGCAAUUCAGAGCUUUGACCUCACCCACCUUAACCAUGAAGCCGCUUUUCAAUUUCUUGGGAACUUUUUCUAUUUGUUUGUCCUUAGCACCUUGCUUGGUGUUGCGACCGGUCUGAUUAGUGCAUAUGUCAUCAAAAAACUAUAUUUUGGAAGACACUCCACUGACCGAGAGGUUGCCCUCAUGAUGCUCAUGGCAUAUCUUUCUUAUAUGCUGGCUGAGCUUUUCGACUUGAGUGGUAUUCUCACUGUGUUCUUCUGUGGUAUUGUGAUGUCCCAUUACACCUGGCACAAUGUAACCGAGAGCUCAAGAAUCACUACCAAGCAUACCUUUGCAACAUUGUCGUUUCUUGCGGAGACAUUUAUCUUCUUGUAUGUGGGAAUGGAUGCCUUGGACAUUGACAAGUGGAGAUCAGUGAGUGAUAGCCCGGGAACAUCAGUGGCAGUGAGCUCAAUCCUAAUAGGUUUGCUCAUGCUUGGAAGAGCAGCGUUCGUCUUUCCCUUGUCGUUUCUUUCAAACUUAGCCAAGAAGAACCAAAGCGAAAAAAUCGACUUCAAGAUGCAAGUUGUGAUUUGGUGGUCUGGUCUCAUGAGAGGUGCUGUAUCAAUGGCUCUUGCAUACAACAAGUUUACAAGGGCUGGAAAAACGGAUUUGCGCGGGAAUGCAAUCAUGAUCACUAGUACUAUAACAGUCUGUCUCUUUAGCACCAUGGUGUUUGGUAUGUUGACAAAACCACUCAUAAGAUUCCUUUUGCCGCACCAGAAAGCCACCACGAGCUUUUUAUCUGAUGGUCACACCCCAAAGUCCAUCCAGAUCCCUUUGAUAGACCAAGACUCGUUCAUUGAGUUUACAGGGAACAACCACAAUGUGCCUCGGCCAAAUAGUAUACGUGGCUUCUUGACACGGCCAACAAGAACAGUGCAUUACUACUGGAGACAGUUUGAUGACUCUUUCAUGAGACCUGUCUUUGGUGGGCGUGGCUUUGUCCCUUUCGUGCCUGGUUCUCCGACAGAGAGAGACCCUCCUACUGAUCCCAGCAGUGUUUGA